UCUUGGACUCCGAGUUAGAGUCAAUCACUCAAAUCCAAACACGACAAGAUCGCAACCGAUUAAUACACGGGCCUUAUUAACACCAGGUUCGAUCCAAUACGUGCUUAAUUGCGGCCGUGCUGUUCUUUUCCCUCGACAAGAAAAUCUCUAUCCCUAGGCGCAUAAGCAGAGGAAGUUCUAUUUGCUCUCUGCACUGCAAUCCAAGCCUGCAAUAUUUCUUCGCCAUGGCCAGCAACGCCAACUCUGCAGUUAACCCUGCAGGCCCCAAAACCUCGUCGAGAUGCGUCACGGAGAGCUCUACCGGGACACAUGAUUUCGAGUUGCCCAACUACCGGCUGCUGGACGGCAUGGGGGUCGGCAACUACGUCAGCUCGGCCACAUUUGGUAUCGGCGGCUACAACUGGGCCAUCAUAUUCUAUCCAGAUGGAGGGAACAAUGAUUGUGCAGGAUAUGCUUCGGCCCAUAUAAAGUGUCUCAACCCAACAGAUGAGGUGAGGACAAAGUCCACGAUAAACAUGCUGCAUCAAGAUGGUGAAAAGCAAGUGCAACUAACCGACUGUGACGAAGGGGCAGGGGAUGUCUACUCUCCGGCAAAGCUACGUUGGGGCUAUACCAAAUUCGUCGAGAAAUCGAAGAUGAAAUCCGUGACACAGUCCGGGAGUGGCUCUUUGAUCAUACGGUGCGUUCUCACCGUGAUAGUAAAACAUAGCACGGAGGUUACGAGGAAGACGAACCUUGUUGUGGUUCCAGGGCCGGAUCUGCAAGGCCAUCUUCGACAGAUGUGGAAGGAUGAACAAGGAGCAGAUGUGACAUUCAGUGUGGGUGGCCAAUUGUUCAGUGCCCACAGAUGCUUGCUGGCUGCAAGAUCUCCGGUUUUCAAGGCAGAACUGUUUGGUCCAAUGAAGGAGAAGUCGAUACAGCCCGUCAAGAUCGAUGACAUCGAGCCUCUGGUUUUUGAGGCACUUCUUCACUUUGUGUACACAGAUUCCAUGCAAGAUGAUGAGCAUAACAAAGAAAGCAGCACGGCAGAAUUACAACACUUGCUAGUUGCUGCGGAUCGAUACGGACUGGACAGGUUGCGGGUGCUUUGUGAAAGCAAGCUAUGUGAGGGCAUUGACGUGAAGACUGUCGCGACAACAUUGGCUUUAGCCGAGCGACACCAUUACAAGGAUCUUAAAGAAGCUUGCCUUGAGUUUAUGGUUCCACGGAAUGUGCUACGAGCUGUCAUGGCGACUGAUGGAUUCAAGCACUUGCUGGCAAGCUGUCCUUGGGUCAUGAUAGAGAUACUGGACAAGACGUGCCUUCAUUAG